GGUCUUAAUGCUCUAAGCAUGAGCGUGAAUCAGGAAGAUUUACCACCCCCAUCUCCCCACUUUGGAUCCACAGCCAUAGAAAUCGCACUUAAAGAAAUGCUUGCCAGCAAAGACGAAGUGCUUGAUGAAAUAGAUAAAGAAAUAAAAUCCAACGAUAGAAAAGUAAUCGAUUUGGACGAAAUAAAGGCUCAAGAAGCAGAAUUGGUAGAAGAAGAAAAAACUAGCAAGCGAAGACUAGCCAACCGCAAGCAAAAAUUAACUGCUAGAAACAAUAAAAUAAAAAAAUUUAAAGAGGAGAUUGAAGAUUUGAAAAAGAAAGACGAGGAGAGACGGGCAGAAUUUUAUAGAAGCGUAAGUCCGGAACGUCGGGGUAAAGAUAGUGCUCAUUUAAAUCAGCCAAAUCCAGAAAUUAAAAAACGAGAAAAAGCGUUGAAAAGAUUAAUUGAGGGAGAUGAAAAAAAUCUAGGGCAAAAAGAACUUGAUAACCGAGUGAAAGAAUUAGAAGAUAGAGCGAGGGAACUUAACAAUCUACUAAAAGACCUUGAAAAUCUGAAAAAUAAUAUCGGUCAAAUUCAACAAGGUGAUAAAGACGAUUUAUUUGGGCAAAUAUCCAAAGAGGAGUUAAAAUCCGCUAAAAAAGCCUUACUUGACAAAAUUAAUAAAUUAAAAAACCAAGGCAGUGUUUCUUUUGAGGAUGACAUUAAAGAAUUGUAUGAUUUAUGCGAGGAAUAUAAGGCAAAAGCCGAAGCGGCCGGAAAAAAUGAAGCCAAAUAUAACGCUUACAUAAACAAGUUGCUAGAAAAAGUAAAGAAAAAAGACAAUCUAGCGGAGCGAAAAAUUAAAGAUUUAGAAAUAGAAAAAAAAGAAUUAGAAGCAAAAUUAGUUGCGGUGGAAAAAAAGCACCCUAGUGUAAAAGAUACGCUACAAAAACUACACAAACGAAUGGACAACAGCCCGAAAGGUAGUCCGACCGAAAAAGAUCCGAUGAUGAAAAUGAUAGACGAUGAUUUGCAAAAAUUCAGAAUAGAAUAUGAGGAGAAAAUGGCUCGGCAGAGAGAAGAAAACCAAAAAGAAGUGGACGGAUUAAAACAACAAUUAGCGGAAGCAAACGCCCAAAAGGCGGAGUUAGAAAAACAAUUAGCCGCUAAAAACAAACCUGAACCAGAAAAAGGAGAAAAAUGUAAUAUUUUAAAUCAUGCGUCUUUAGAAAAUCACAUUAAGGACUUAAAAAAGGAAAUAGAAAAAAAAGAAGAACUAAUCGAUGAAUUGUUAGCACGAGAUAUUGAUAAAGGCUGA